AUGGCAAGUAGCAACAUGGUUCAUUUCCAAGUCCCUAUGCUCACCAAGAGCAGCUAUGAUAAUUGGAGUAUCAAGAUGAAGGCCUUCCUUGGAUCACAAGAUAUGUGGGAAGAGGUAGAGAAAGGCUACAAUGCUUUUGAGAAGAUUUCGGAGGCAGUCACCGCAAAGGAAGCAUGGGAGAAGCUACAAACCUCUUACAAGGGUGCUGAGCCAGUCAAGAAGGUACGUCUUCAAACUCUAAGAAGUGAGUUUGAAACUUUACACAUGAAAGAUGCCGAAAAUUCAAAAUUUGAUCAUAUUGUCACUGUCAUAGAAGAAAGAAAAGAUUUGGAAGCCAUGACAAUAGAGAAACUCUUGGGCUCCUUACAAGCAUAUGAGGAAAAGCAAAAGAAGAAGCAAUGGAUUGGUGAACAAUUACUGAAGACACAACUCAACUUCAAAGAAAAGGAAGAAGACUUUGGCAACACAAGAGGACGAGGAGGAUAUCGUGGUCGAGGAAGAGGUCAUGGACGUGGAAGAAUAGGCUUCAACAACAACUAUGCCAAUGAAAAUCGAAGAGAGAGCUCAACAAGAGGUCGUGGAAGAGGUGGCUCGCAAUUAAGACGUGACAAGUCUCAAAUCAAGUGCUACAACCGUCAAAGGUUCGGCCAUUAUGCUUAUGAAUGUAGAACUCCUACAAGAAAAAUUGAGGAGAAGGGAAACUAUGUGGAGGAAAGGAGUCACGAAGAUGGCAUUCUAUUGAUGGUACGCAACGACAAUGUAGGAGAACCAGAGAAUACAUGGUAUCUAGACACGGGGGCAAGCAAUCACAUGUGUGGAAAAAGAAACAUGUUCGUGGAACUUGACGAAUCAGUGAAUGGAAAUGUCUCCUUUGGAGAUGAAUCAAAGACACCGGUGAAAGGAAAAUGUAAGAUUCUUAUCCGAUUAAAAGACGGGAGGCAUGAAUUCAUUUCUAAUGUGUACUAUGUGCCCAACAUGAAGAAUAAUAUUUUGAGUCUGGGGCAACUCCUAGAGAAAGGGUAUGAUGUUCACUUAAAAAAUAAUACUCUUUCUUUAAGAGAUAAUCAAAAUAACUUGAUUGCUAAGGUGUCUAUGUCAAGAAAUAGAAUGUUUCUGUUGAACAUUUAA